AUGAGCAGUAACGAUCAACGUUUAACCACAACCACUUCUACAGAGGACAUUCCUCUUCUUCAGGGAUCUAUUAUGAUCGGAGAUGCUAGUAACAACAACAACAAUGGUGAGAAGAAUAACGUCUCUCCUCAAGCACCUAAAUUUGAUGAGAAAGAUCAAGUUGAGGUUCCUCUCAAUCAAUUCCUAACUUUACUCUCAGCAUAUGACAAGUAUUCCAAUGUAUUGGAUGACAUUAGCAGCAACAAGGACAAAGAACCUCCAAGAAAAACCAUGAUUCAAGAAAUGGACAUUGAAGGAAAAACAGAAAAGGAUAAGGUUGUUCUUCAAUGUAAAAUUUGUAUUUUGGUGUUGGUUGAUCGAUACACCAAAUUUAAACUCUUUGAUGUCAACGACAAGUUAACUGUUUUGGGAUAUACCGUCAGCAAGGAAAAGAAUACCAGCAAGAAUUCUGCAUCAGAAGAUGUCAUUACCAAUUACUUUGAAAAGGAGGAAGAAGUGGAAGUGCCAUUAGAAAAUAAUGUUGGUUUUAUUGGUGUCUUUGACGGUGCUUAUUGCUUACACACCAAUGACCGUGGUCGUUAUCAUGUCACACUCAAUCUUUGUGUUCCUUAUCAAUCUGAUCAGAAAAAGUCAUUGGACAUUACCUUCCCAUUCUGUGCACCUCGUAAUCAUUUGCGUCGAUUUGAGAUUAUUGGAGAUUUCUAUGAUCUCAAUGUAGAGCCUUCUACUCAUUUCACUACCAAGUUUGAAGAAAAUUCUUCAAAGCAACGAUCCACAAUUUUGACUGAUUGUUCAUUUCCUCCAACUUACAGACUCUCCUUGUAUUGGAAGCGAUCUGAAAAGGUCAUUCAAGAAAUGUUGAAGAACACAUUAAAGAAUGAAAAGAAGGAAAAGAAAGAAGAAAAGAAGGAAGAGAAGCAAUUGAACAUUAGUGUAGAACAGCAUGUAUUACACAGUGUGGGAGGUGGACUCAUUUCAACCUCUGCUGAUUUGGACUAUACCAUUGUGAAUGGAUCUGUAAAUACGUUCUAUGUCUUGCUUCAAAUGAAGGAUUCUCCUCACGACAAAUUUGAGAAGGAUGUCUGUCCGUUGAGAGUCAUUCGAGUGGAUGGUCGUAAUAUCAAGAAUUGGGAGAUUAAAAAGUUGAAAUCUGCUGCCACCAAUGCCUCUACUCCAACACAAGGAGUAACACCCUUCAAUAACGACAAUCAAAGUGAGAGUAAUUAUUCCAUUCAACUUUUGAAUUCUACUCAUUCAGAGGGUAUCAACUCCUUCAUUCAAACAGCUUCAGCGUAUGCUGAAUACUUUUUGAAAGUGACUUUGCAUUGUGGUGUGGAAGGCAGCUAUCAACUCAAACUUUUAACAGAAAAGGACAUGAAAUCUGAAAGUUGUAAGGUCCAUUUGCCAACCUUUUCAUGUAUGAAUGUGAAUAGGGAUAAGGGAUUCAUUGGUGUGGAAGGAAUUACCAACGUCGAAAUUAAGGACUUGAAGAAUGUGGGCUUAACCAAGUUGGCUACCACUGAGCUUCCAACUAAAAUCACCUCAAAAACCUCUGACUCAUUACUAUUUGGUUACAAGUUCUUGCAAUCACUGGGAACCGAUAUUUUCCUUGAUAUCAAGAAACACGAUGAUGUACAAGUCUUGGUUGCAGUGAUUGAAGAAGCAUUGUACCAAAUUACAUAUUCUGAGAGUGGUCACUUGUUUUACAGAGUUGCCAUGAAAGUGAAAAACUCUUCACAAAACUAUGCCAAGGUAGAUCUUGUGCCAAAGGACAUUCAGUAUGCUCUCUAUUCUACCAGUGUUAAAGGAGAGAUUGUCAGACCUGCCAUUGAUAAGGAAGGUAAAAUUCUCAUUCCUUUGAAGAGAGGAGCUACCGAGAUGACCUUCUCAGUAGAACUUUACUACACAGUUCCUGUGAAAGAAGUGAUGACGGAAAAUGGAAGGAUUGAGCUCUUGCUUCCAAAGUUUAACAUUCCAACCAACAGAUCCUAUUACUAUGUCUAUCUACCUGAAAAUUACAAUUAUGGAGAAUUUGAAGGAUCGAUGAAGGAAGUGCCUAAUUUUGAUAAGCAACCCACUGUUGAAGAUUUUGUUAGUCAAGAAAUGUCGAAUACUUCUUAUCCAAGAAGUGAAAGACAGGUUCAAUCCCAAAAUCGUUACAACGCCAUGCCACAAAUGCAAAUGAUGAGCAAUGCUUUGCCAAUGCAAUAUCAACAACAAGCCAUGCCACAAAUGCGAUAUCAACAACCACAAGCACCACCACUACCUUUCGCAUUUCCACAAGGAAACAUCAGAAGAACUGCCAGCGAAGAGGAUAUUCGUAACUUCAGCGACGAUGAAGAUGAAUUUGAAGAAAAUGUUUACAGUGACGAAAGCGAGAGUGAUGAUGAAAUCAAUGAUGCACCAACACAGCCCUCCACUUCAUCCGGUUUAGUGAGUGGUGUGAUGCCUGUGAAAUUAACUCCUGUCACAAAGGGAAAGAUUUUCCUCUUCCAAAAACUACUCAUCUCUGAGAACGAGGAUCAUUUGAAACUUGCUGUUGAGUAUAAGAAGCAACAAGAAUCCGUUCUUACCAAGAGAACCCUCCUCCCUAUCGACGAGAUAUUUUAUGCUAGCGUAGUGGUUGUCAUUUGCAUUGUGUUUUAUUUGUUGUUCCGCUUUGUCAUGUAUUUCCUGAAUUAG